ACCUGGACUGUCCAAUGUCAUCUAGUUGUCGAUGGCAAUAGGCGGUUUUCAAAUACCCAUCCCCACGUCCCGAUUCUACACUUGUUACUAUGGGACAGUCUUCUUCCACGCAAAGAGACCAUCGUCACGACAAUCACCUAGAACACAUCUUAUCUCUGCAGGCAGCCCGUGGUCGGGUUAACAGUGAUGCGGACAUGAAUAACGGGCGCGGCAUUGAGCAGACCGGGGACUAUGAGCCCCAGUCAGGGCCCGAAAUCAACAACAGCGGCAUUCAGACUUCCUCUUCCGGUCAACCUACGGAGUCAUGGCACCCGUUGGGCUCCCCAGAGCAGCCAGGAACCUCCAGGCAUAUGGCAAGCAUCCAGGAGGAGAACGGGUCACAAUAUGAAUCGAGCCAGCGAGAGUACCGGUCGGCAAUAUUUGCUCGCAUGGCCGCCAGGAGACAGUCCACCAUGUCGCGUUUAGGAUCAAGGAUCUUGCCAAAUUCGGUUAUCCGUGGGCUUCUCAGCAGCGAAGAAGAAACGCCUGCCGAGGGCCACGCUCAUCGACAUGGGGUCGUUUCGCGAACCCUCCCACGCUCCGAAGUUAAUAAUAGUAGUAGUCGCUUCAGCCCGUUCAGCUCUUUUGGCUCAAGGGGUAUUUCUAGACGACGUUCGACUCGGGGACCUUACUUCAUUCCGCGCAGUGACCCGGGCCUGAUUCCGGAUACCACUCAUUCUUCUACCUUUUUCGAUCCCACCACAGACCAUGCGCCAGAAAACACGAGGGGAUCUUGGCGCCGAAGUGCUCGAUUGCACCGUGUGCGACAUUCGUUGUCCAGCCCUAUCACGCAUAUGUUUGGUCAGCCGUCCUCGAAUAUGAUCGACCAUCCAAGCAGUGUGCAGCAAUCACCCAUGGAUUCAAUGUCCAACGAGCCACCACACACUUUCCUUCCGCAUCCAGGACCCAUGGACACCCGCAUGGACUUCGACGAGCCCCACGAACUGGAUUCCGUGGAACCUGCCGUGGGAAGCACUCGUCCAACGUCCCCAAUGUCAUCGCAGUCUGCACAGGGACCAACAGGCCUACGGCAAUUCCCCGGCCUUUUACGAGCAAGAUCAUCUAGGGCUAUGCGACGGGAGGAACAGACGCCCCUGUCGCGCGUUCUGCAGCUGGCCGCUGCUGCGAUCGCCGCCCAACUUUCCGGUACGACUGGUCCAGUAAUGCCUAACAUCCAGGCGCUGGGCAACGAUGGUUUGGACGGCUCUUUAGAGAACUUCAUCCAAAGUCUGCAGCAUGCGACGUCGACACAAACAACACCGAAUGAUUCACCCGGGCCCUCUGGAGACACUGGGAACGGGCCGGCGACACCCGUUAAUUUCUUGCGAGUUUUCCGAUUUGCCAACUCGGAGAACCCCGGGCCCCUUGGCAUGCCGAACCGCUCCGCAGGCGAGUCCGAUAACCCUGGCAGAAGUGUGGAAGGGAUAGAUCUCGAGAACCCCGUGGACGGGCCCGAAGGACGGACUGUCACUCUGGUAGUGGUGGGAGUUCGAUCAGUACCAUCGGGCAACGGUCCCGGGAGCGACCAGCAGGCAAACGGGGGCCCUGGCCUCGAUGCCUUACUCCGUCUGCCGUUUUUGUCUCCAGGAAACCUUUCACGCGGUCCGGAAAAUGGCCCUAGUCUUCCACGUGCCGAAGCACGACCAAGAUUUGCCGCGCCUAAUCGGCAUUCCGUGGGGAGUCCCAGCACCCUGACUACCAAUGGCGACACUCCUCAACUACAGGGGCAGCAAAGCCCAUCUCGACGAAUGUCAGACACUGGAGGCCGGGUGCCUCUGUCAUCCGUCCCUUCUGUGCUCUCGGAAAGUCCUCCCGGUCCUCAUCCUCCUCCAUCCACACCGGCCGAGCCAGGACUCUCGGCAGUCUCAUCAGGAGCUUCAACCCCGAGCCGUAGGCCAUCCUCCGCAUCGAUGAUGCCUCCAAGCGUCCUGCCACAGCUUGACGAGAACCGCGCAAUGCAGCCUACGGUUGAAGUUGACGAAAACCCGCCUUUUGCCGCAUCGCACCAGCGACGUCGAAGCGAUUCCGAAUAUGCUCGCCAUCGUGAUCUGGGUUCCGGGGCGGUCCGGCGCAAUGGCGUCGUCGAACCCGACCAUGCGCCACCCCCUGCUGGCAGAAGCUGGUUGAUCUACGUUGUUGGUACCAAUCUUUCGGAGAACCACCCUGCGUUUGCAACCCCCAGCCUUUUCACCGACAACCCGACCUAUGAGGACAUGAUCCUGCUUUCAUCUCUCUUGGGGCCCGUGAAACCCCCCGUUGCCACCCAGGAAGAACUCAGCUCCGCCGGCGGACUGUUCCGUCUCGUGGAAUACGGCGGAUCGCUCACCGCGGAGGGUUUGGAUGGUGCUGGCACCAUUCAAGUUCCCGACGGAGAUCGAUGCCUGAUCUGUCUCAGCGACUACGAGGCAGCCGAGGAACUUCGCCAACUGAACAAAUGCAAGCAUGUCUUCCACCGAGAUUGCAUAGACCAGUGGCUUACCACCGGUCGUAAUUCUUGCCCUCUAUGUCGAGGCCAGGGCGUUGUCGACUCAUCCAACUCGGAUCCCGCGACGACUGCCCCGAGCCCUGCGGCUGCUUGAGCAACUCCCCCUUCUUCCUUGGUCUUUUCUACCCUUCCAGACUUCCGAACUAUUUCUUUUUA